UAUAGAGAAAUAUUUACCUUCAUAACAACACGGCAACUUUCGAUACGUUUGAACAGGAAGAGCGACUUAUUGGAUGAUUCACAUUUUUGAAGAAAAUUAAAGGUUCUUACCGAAGAAAAUAAGGAAUAAUGUCGUAUACUAAACUAAAACUGGUCGUCAUCGGCGAUGGAGUAUGUGGAAAAACCUGUCUGUUGAUGGUAUUUCGUAACGACGAAUAUCCACCCGAAUACGAUCCACCCGAGUUCAAGAAUUACGUUAAAGCACUCAGAAUUGACGAGCACGACAUCGAACUUGAACUAAAUGAUACCAAAGGUCAGGAGGACUACGACAGCAGCAGACCGUUUUCUUAUCAAGGAAGUGAUGUCAUUCUCAUCUGUUACUCGGUUGAUUCGCCAUCAAGUUUUACCAACGUCAAGGAAAAAUGGUUUUCGGAAGUUAAGAAAUAUUGCUCUGGUGUACCCAUAGUGCUUGUGGGUUUAAAAAAAGAUUUACGUGACGACACAACGACGACUGAAUACCUGGCAACAAAUGGGCAGCAGCCCGUGAGCACUGAACAAGGAAGAAAACUGGCGAAGAAGAAACGAGCAGCGGCAUUUCACGAAUGUUCAGCGUUGAAACGAGACGAUGUAGAUGAGGUGUUCCAUGCCGCUGCAAGAGGCGGCCAUAAGGAAAAAGAAAGCGCAUUCGAGUUUUCGUUGUUUAAUCUCGUAAAAAUGAAAAAUUCUCUUUUAAUAGUAAAAAAAUUUUAAAUUUGUCUUUCUAAAUAUUUCGUUAUUGAUUUUUACGACAUCUCGUUGAGAAAAGACUGCUGACCGUGGUAAUAAGCCACGGUCUCGGUAUAUCAUUAUCCCAGGAGCGUUAGGGCAUCAGUCACUAGUAUUUUCCGUCAGGGCUUUAAGUCUUCGAUAAAAU